CAGGGCAGCCAGCAACCAAUACGCUGCGCCGGAGGAGGAUUUCUGCCAGUGAUUUCAGACGAGGUACGAUACGCAAAGGGGAUUUACUACGACAGUCUGAGCCGGGGAAGCUUUCAGCAAUAGGUAACUGGUUUCACUCCGGGAAUACCGACCUGUGACAUCGGUGAUUGGGAGAGACAUCUUUCCGUAAAAACACUCUCUGCACAUCCGUCUACCUGACCUGAAAAAGGUAAGAGAUGUUUAUAUGUUUUCAACCAUCAGUCAUAUGAGAUCCGAAAUAAAAAACUUUUUGGAAAAUGUGAAAAUUGUUUAUCGAACAUAUGGGAGAAGCUAUUCAUGCAUAAGCUUCCUGUAUUCAUCAAUUUGUAUUAAUGCUUCAUCAAGAUAAAAUAAUUUGGUACAGGUAUACAUACAGGUGCAGUCCAGAUGGCAAAAUCUUUAUCUAAAUAAAUAACUUGUACAAGAUUUCUCCACCUGCAGGUUCAUGUCUUUCCUUUCUCCUGCCUAAACUUUCCAGAGCUGUGUGCCAUGUCUCUGCCACGCACACUUGGGGAGUUGCAGCUCUAUCGGGUGCUGCAGAGGGCCAACCUGCUGGCCUAUUAUGAAACCUUCAUCCAGCAGGGUGGUGACGACGUGCAGCAGCUCUGUGAGGCAGCAGAGGAGGAGUUUCUGGAGAUCAUGGCACUUGUUGGCAUGGCCACCAAGCCACUGCAUGUGCGUAGGCUCCAGAAGGCCCUCCGAGACUGGGCGGCGAACCCUACCCUUUUCAGCCAGCCCGUCUCCAACGUUCCUCUCGGGGGCAUCCCGCUGUUCAAAGUGGACGGGACGGGCACUGGCGGAUUAGCAGGCGGACCCAGGAAGUCUGUGAGCAACGGGCAGCCGGGGUCACCGUGUGAAAGGGAAGAUCGGGCGUGUCUUACUCCAAUGCACAGUGGAAGUCCAAGAAGCCCUUGCUCCCAGGCUUCCCCACAGCCACCAGACACACACUACAGGGAAAAACUGUCUCCUAUGGACCCACACUGGCUCAGCCCAGAGCCUGAUGGGAACUGCACUUUUGCAUCUGCAUCUGGACUAGAGGAAGAGCCGCCCAGCCCGCCUCUGCUGUCAACGUGUCCUCCCGGUCCCUCCACGUCACCUAGCCCCUCCGCUUCAUUUGCCCCGUCGGCUCUCUCAGCCUGGCCCGGAGGACAGCUGGAUGGGGAGACAGCGAGGGCUGUGGUGGAGAGUGUGGAUAGGCUCCUCAGGACCCUGCCCAGGUCAGAUCCUGCAGAGGUGAAGACUCUGCUUAGGAUGAACAAGAAGAUGGCAAAGACUGUGGGACACAUCUUCAAAAUGGGGUCCCAGGAUGUGAACAAAGAAGAAGAGAUCCGGAAGUACAGUCUCAUUUACGGACGCUUUGACUCCAAGAGGAGAGAGGGAAAGCAGCUCACACAUCAUGAGUUGAUCAUCAAUGAAGCUGCAGCCCAGUUCUGUAUGCGCGACAAUGCCCUUUUGUUGAGACGGGUGGAGCUCUUUUCUUUGGCUCGGCAGGUGGCGAGAAAAUGUGCCUACACCUCCACACUAAAGCAUGCAAGGACAAAUGCAGAUGAGAACAGUGUAGUGUCCCAGAAGAGAGCGAGACAUGAGGUAAUCGUGCCUGAGAAUGUGUCGUUGGUUCUUGGAGUUGAGGGCUCGGAGGGCUUGACCCAGAGGGCAGAUGAUGACAGCUUAUCUACAGAAAGCCUCGACAGCGUGUCCCAUGACAUCGGCUCACAGUGCAACCAGUCUCCAUCCCCCCAUCCCAACACCGACACGUCCAACCCUGCCAACUGGAGUCGCCAUCUCAUACAGCAAACGCUAAUGGAUGAAGGGCUGCGAUUGGCUCGGAUGGUGUCACAUGAUCGAGUUGGCAAGAUCAGCCUAGGGUCAGAAAGAACACACUCUACAGACCAUGACAGUAAAAUGGAGAGGCGGAGCUUGAUAACAGCAUACAGGAGCAGCAGCCCUUGCAUCACCAAAGACGACUCUAAUCACCGGGGGAAAUGAAAACGCUCAUCUUUUAUCCUCAGGCCUGCCACUGAACUCCACUCACAGUCUGCUAUACUGGCUGCUAUUGAUGAGGAGAAGACUCUUUUCCAUCAAUACAGUGAUUAUCCAAAUUUACCAGCCACUGAUCUCAUAAACCUGCAGUGACUCCUAAACACUGACAUCAGAAAUGUUCUCUUUGGACUUUACAUUCAGUAAAUGUUUGAGGGUAGACACUUUUUGUUUAUUUUCUUUCUUCAUAUAUGGAUUAGAUAUCCUGCAGAAUUUAGCUGAUAGUGGAAUAAUGUACUGAUUGUAUCAGGAAAAGAUAAAAAAAAGUUUAUUUAUAGUUCCUUGUUUUGACAGGGCCACCUGUUUCAGAUGCGCUCAACACAGCAGGGGGCACUGCAACUUAAAAAUUGACAACUUACUCCAGUGACAUACUGUAGUUAUGUCAAGGAAACUUGGUUUCAUUGGAAGACUUUUAUGUACGUUUUCAGCAACUCACAAUCUAAAAAACGUUUCCUAACACUCUCAGCAGCUCCUCACCCUCAGGAAACAAAUGGAUGUUCUGUUUUUUGAAGUCAGUGUACACUUUAAAAUUUAAAGAUGGAGAUAAAUAUCCACAUCGAUGGAUUACUGAAUGGCACAUGCUGAUCUAGAUUUCCCAGAGCGUACAAUCAAACCGCGGUCGGGUUCAGAGGCCUUUCAUCCUUUUGCUGCAUCGUCUAAUCGCCCAUGAGUUUUGAAAAUGCAGUGCUGAGGGUUAUGAGAUAUAAAGCCGCAGGUCUUCAUCAUCAUCUCCCUCACAUCUUUCUGUAAUAUCUUGCACAAGCAGCUGAAAUACUGUUUUGUAAGAGACGAUACUUUAGGCUUUUCAUUAUCUUUAAUUAUGUGAAAAUGUACUCAGUACACCUAAAUCUAAACUGGGUGGCAUGAGAUAAGAACACUGAUGCUUUUUGAUUUCCAGUCGACAGUUAACCUCUCAGUUGCCUCUGUCUGCACAUCAGGCUUCAGUGUCAGCUACAGGGUCUUGCUCCAGGGCCCGUCAGCAGGGAGGAUGCUUGUCAUCAACGGCUCUCAUCUUUACUUUAAUGUUGCUCCCAAAAGGUGCCACUGUAAAGCCUGUGAGGAGACUGCAUUCAAAACUAAUAUUUAACACAGCAUUUUCAGAAAAUGUGGUGAUUAUUGUAGAUUUUUAAUGCGAUUUUAUGUAGGUGUAGCGGAAACAUAUGGCAGUGUGUUGUUGGGAUGAUUUCUGUGGUCUAAGAUAUUAUGAACCGUAUGUCAGUUUCCCUCUAUUGUCCUUUAAGACUUUUCGUAAAUUAGGGUGACUAAUUUUUCUUUAUUAAGCUUUAGACAUGAAAAAAAACAACACGCAGAGGUUUACAAAAAUAAACCUCAUGGUGCUUGACUCUUGAUACAGCAGCUCCUGCAAGAUCCAUCCGCCUAUUUGUCCGUUUAAAAUUGUUACAAUGUAUUCAGACUUCAUGUAACGACAAGGCUUGUGUUGAUAAUGGCUAAAAAAGGAUUUGUGUACACUUAAUCACAGUGUGUCAGUGAGGUAGCCUGCUGUGCAGCAGUUACACCUGCCUGUCUCAUUAGUAACCUCCUCAGUUGAUUAUGUUGCAAAACAGAUAAUUUAUUUUGUUACAUUUCAAUAAAUGUUAUUUUAAUGCUUAAAGUGUGUUGCAUUGUUUUCCACAAAGAAUGAUUUUUUUCUUGGCAGUUCUGAUGUGUGGAAGAGGCUGCAGGAACUGCGUCACAUAGGCAGCAACACCUCUGCUGUCGUCUGGUUUGUUGCACUCACGCUCUGCACUGAUCAGCCUCGAAGCCGGCAUGACUCACCUGUACCAGCGAUGUCAUUGGCGCUCACACACACACACACACCCACACACACCCUUCCUCACUUGAUUUUCAGACGGACAAGUUACAAUAAAAACAUCAAACAACCUCAAGCUGUUGUAUGAUGUCAAAACCACAAAUGUUCACUGUUUUA